CUUCUGAGUUUAAAGCUGCCUGAAACCUCUCUGUGCACUUCUGACCUUACUGUUGAACAUACUGUAUGCACUCAACACAAGGAAACUAAGCAGAGGACAUUUAUUAAAGGAAGUUUCCAAGCCACCCAGAGGCUAGUUUCAUCGGUGAUCACCAAAGACACGCGCGCGCUGCGUGUAGGAGAUGAGCAGUCCCGAUGCGGGUUACGCCAGUGACGACCCGAGCCAGACCCGAGGCACCAGCUCAGUCAUGAUGCCUGGCGAGAGGCAGUGCGCGUGGGUGGACCCGCUCAGUCCGCUCUCUGACUCCAAAGCAAAGCACGAGACUCCCGGGCGCGCGAAGACCGAGCCGCGCAUCCGCAGGCCGAUGAACGCGUUCAUGGUGUGGGCGAAAGAUGAGCGCAAGAGGCUCGCGCAGCAAAACCCGGACCUGCACAACGCAGAGCUGAGUAAAAUGCUAGGUAAGUCAUGGAAAGCUUUACCAAUGGUGGACAAACGUCCGUUUGUGGAGGAGGCCGAACGCCUGCGAGCGAAACAUAUGCAAGACCACCCGAACUACAAAUACCGGCCACGGCGUCGCAAACAGGUGAAGCGAACGAAGCGCCUGGACUCCGGCUUUCUGCUGUCAGGGCUGGGCGACGCGCAGACGCUCCUGGGCAUGGAGAGUGUGGGUUAUUCAGGACUGCCUCCGUACUGCGAGAGCCAGCCGUCGUUCGAGCCCUACAGCCUGCCGACACCCGACCCGUCUCCGAUGGACGCCGGGGCCACGGGGUUUUCUGGCCAUCUUCAGGACAGUCACCAGCAGUCAUCAUGCAGAUACCAUCACCAGUUUCAGGAACACGGCAUGACUUACACACACACUGAUCCCAACCAAACGCAGCUCAAUCUCAAUCAGCAGCUUUUUAAUGAGAGUCACAAUAACUCCAUCUCUCACAGCAUUUUUAACAGAAGCCAUCAAGCUUUCCCUUCAACUUUAGACAUCUUCUCCAACUCUCAGCCGAAGCGUCCCUAUGAGGAAUCUUCCUUUCAUCCACACAAACACACCCUGACUGAUCCACACUCGCAGGCCGGUGCCGGUCAGAUGGUGGAUGAGGUGGAGUUUGAUCAGUGUCUGAUUUACGGGGUCCCUCAGGCACCUCUGCAGGGGUCCGAGCUCAUCUCCACCGUACUGUCUGACGCCAGCAACGCCGUGUACUACUGCAGCUACAGUAACUCCUGAGCAGACUGGACACUCUUUUUGAUAAAACCUGAAUCUGAACUUGAUUAAUCACACUGAUUAUUUUUAGCUUUCAAUCAAUGACUUGUCUAAUUACACACAGAGGCCCUUCAAUUGUUUUCAAACUUGUUUCAGUAGCUGAACCCAUUAAAAUGGCAGAGUUUUGUUCGAUUGUUAGCUUUGGGGUCGUCUAUAUACUGUUAGCAGUUACACUUUCAAAAUUUACAAUCUUUCUCUUUCUGUAAAGCACGACAGAAAUACUCAUGACUCACAGGGCCAAUAAAAAUUCUGGUGCAAAAAUCUCUAGAAAGAAUAUGUUUUUCCUCCAACGACUAGUAAAUGCAAGCAGCAAAUAUUGUCAGUGUAAAAUGAACUGUACAGUGGGUUAAAAACAACCCAAGUUGGGUUAAAAAUGGACGAACCCAGCGAUUGGGUUAAAUGUUGAUCAACCUGCUGGGUAGUUUUAUUUAACUCAAAUAUUGUUUAAAAAUUACUGUAAUGCUUAAAAUGAACCCAAAAUAUGUUGAAGAUUAACAUUUAUUAAUAAGUUUAAUGAAUAAUUAAGCAAUAAAUAUUUAUUAAAUUGCUUAUUAAUAAAUGUUCACCUUUUGUUGCCUCUAGUAAUUAUGUCUGAUUUUUAAUUUCCAACAUAUUUUGGGUUCAUUUUAAGACGGCAAAACAGUCAUUUUUAAACAAUAGUUGGGUUUAAUAAAACAGGUUGGUCAAACAUUUAACAAUUUAUCGCUGGGUUUGUCCAUUUUCAACCCAACUUGGGUUGUUUUUAACCCAGCAUUUUUUAGAGUGUACAGUAAUACCCUUUCAGAGUCACUUUCUGUUAAUUAUUUUAUUUUUUUAUUUUAUCAUUAUUGUUUUUUGUUGUUGCAUUUUUUUUUAAAUAAAAAGGAAAGCACAA